AUGACCAGUGAUAAUGAAUAUGAGGUACAUGCCAAUGUACCACAGAGCUACUCUUAUAGGCUCAUGGAGCUAACACCGGAACUUUUAAAGGUCAUUGAAGAAAAGAAAGAACCCUUGGUACUAAAGGCGCCAACAUCGAAAUCAGAGGUGGUGCUGUGUACGAGCAGUGAAACUUUCGCUCUUAGACAACGUAACCAUUCAAACACUGUAAUGAUGACCAAGGAGGGGGAAAGAGAUGGUAAGAAGUUCUUCUGCAGCUAUGCGACGUUGUCGAAUGUCUUUGAAGUCAGGAAAUCUAAAGGUCACAUUAUCACAGAGGGUAUUCCCUUGUACGACGGCCAGAACAAGAUUACAAAUACCGGUGAAUCUGUUACUCUUGAUGAGUUGAAAACACGCUCAGCUAUUUCGGAUCUGGAGUUCGAGUCCAACUGGUUUGCCCUGAAUGGGUCUUCUCUAAAUGGACAAGCAAUCAUUCUUACCGAUGAUAUCAUCACAAGAACGUUGCAUGUCAUGAUCAUGUCAAUCAUGGCCUCAUCACUAGACUUUAGUGAAUUGUCACUCAUCGAAGUUUUCCAAAGCAUGGGGGAAGACCCAGAUAUUACCAUAGAUAUCGUGGAAACGGUGCUAAGGAAAUUCGUAACAAAUGAUCGCGAGCCUUAUCAGUUGAAUAAGGCAAAAGUGGUACAAUGGUAUGGAAUCGAAACAUUGAGAAGGCAUUGUCGCACGAAACCAAUUGAACUUUCUGAUUUCUUCAUAAAAUGGAAAUCGGAGCUACCACCAUUUUUCGAAUCCUCUUUGGAUAUCCCACUUCUGCGUGGUAAUUACGCUAUGCCAUUACCUGAAAGAAUACAAUAUGUUAGUAAACUGGAACUUCCGUCGGAUAUUCAAAACAGGCUUAAAGUGUUGUUUAAACUACAAUCCUCUUGGAAUUUAACCGAACUGGCCCCAUUCAUUGAAGAGUUCAACCAUAAGAACGUCAAGAUUGAGAACUUUGUCAUGAAAUUUGCCAAAAAGAAGAAGCAAGGUAAGAAGAUCAUCAUUACACAGAGAUAA